AUGGGAAUGUCUACCUUAAGUCACGUGUUCCCCCCCUCAAGAUCUCUUCUAAAAUUCAUUACAAUUGCUGCCGUUUUUUCGUUAUUCUCACCGGCAGCAUCUCGCAAUGUGAUUGACGUGGAAUCGAGUUCAAGCGAGGAGGAACAGGGAUUCGUUCGACAUUCCACCCUUGAAUCACUCCGGAAUCGUCAGAUCUCAGCGGAAGCGGAGGAACUCACCGGCAAAGAUCUUGUAGAUUAUGUGAACCGGAAACAAAAUUUAUGGAGGGCGAAAAAACACCAUCGUUUCAAUCAAUAUCCGGAUAGCACAAAAUGGGGUUUGAUGGGUGUGAACCACGUUCGACUAUCCGUAGAGGCAAAACAAAAUCUUUCUCCCACCAAGGAUCUUGAUAUCGAUAUUCCGGAGACGUUCGACGCUCGUGAAGCAUGGCCACAAUGUCAAUCGAUUCGAAGUAUUCGUGAUCAAUCCAGCUGUGGUUCGUGCUGGGCAUUCGGAGCCGUGGAAGCGAUGUCGGACCGUAUCUGUAUUGCAUCGAACGGAAAAACACAGGUGACACUUUCGGCCGAUGAUUUGCUUAGUUGCUGCAAAUUCUGCGGUUUCGGAUGUAACGGUGGUGAUCCGUAUUCCGCUUGGAAGUAUUGGAAGAACGAUGGAAUCGUCACAGGAUCUAAUUUCACCAUGAAUACUGGUUGCAAGCCUUAUCCCUUCCCACCGUGUGAACAUCACAGCAAUAAAACUCAUUACGAUCCUUGUAAGCAUGAUCUUUUCCCAACACCAAAAUGUGAACAUCAUUGUGUGCCCACAUACAAAGACAAGAGUUAUGAAGCUGAUAAGUUCUACGGUCGAUCUGCUUACGGGGUUAAGGACGAUGUAACUGCUAUUCAAAAAGAGAUACUCACACAUGGACCGGUGGAAGUCGCUUUCGAAGUGUACGAGGAUUUCUUGAAUUACGCCGGAGGAGUUUAUGUGCAUACCGCUGGUAAACUUGGAGGUGGGCAUGCUGUGAAGAUGAUCGGAUGGGGAGUUGAUCAGGGAAUUCCAUAUUGGCUCCUGGCAAAUAGUUGGAAUGAAGAUUGGGGAGAAGACGGAUUUUUCCGCAUAGUAAGAGGUAUGGAUGAAUGUGGAAUCGAGUCUGGAGUUGUUGGCGGUAUUCCUAAACUUAAUGAGAUUCCGCGUAGAAGGCAUCACAUCAGAAUUGCUUGGGAUGAUGAUUUCUGA